CUACUCAACCAACUGGGUUGCCCGAGCUUUUCACGAGGACUCAUUUGAAAUCUGUUGUGAUGCAUAUUCCCGUAGACCCGAGCACGAGCAGACGGUUCACGCCGCCCUCCGCCUCGUUCCCGUGCGCUAAAGUGACCGAGAGCCAGAGCAUGAGCGCGCCGGGCCCCCUGCGCUCCGGCCGGCCCGUGGAGAGCCGCUCCGUGGUGGACGUGCUGGCUGAUCACGCCGGAGAGCUGGUGCGCACGGACAGCCCAAACUUUCUCUGCUCGGUCCUGCCGUCUCACUGGAGGUGCAACAAAACCCUUCCCGUGGCGUUUAAGGUGGUGGCUCUUGGUGAUGUUCCUGACGGGACUCUGGUCACUGUGAUGGCGGGAAAUGAUGAGAAUUAUUCCGCGGAGCUGAGAAACGCGUCUGCCGUCAUGAAGAACCAGGUGGCGCGCUUCAACGACCUGCGCUUCGUGGGCAGGAGCGGCAGAGGAAAGAGCUUCACUUUGACCAUCACUGUGUUCACUGGACCGCCGCAAGUCGCCACGUACCACCGCGCUAUUAAAGUCACCGUUGACGGACCUCGAGAGCCAAGACGUCACCGCGUGAAGCCGGAUGACCCUCAUAAGCAAUUCUCCGACCGUCUGAGUGACAUCGAGCGCUUCCAGAGAGCCAGCCUGAGGAUGAACCCUGGAAACGGUACCACCCGGCCCCACCAAACCCAUUACAGCCCCUCCAGCACCACACAGAUCCCAGGAUUAUGGCCAGAUCAGAUUGAUCCUCCAACACUGAAGACGUGCAAAGUGGAAGACGACUUGCGCUGGACAAGUACAGAUCUGUUCCAGCAGAGGACGUCUUUCCCGUCUCUGUCUCCACUAACAGCGCCUCGUUUCUCUGACUCGCACAUGCAUUAUCCGAGCCACUUCACAUACUCCGCCAACCCGUCCAGCACUGGCAUCGGGGGACUGAGUGUGGCCGGUAUGCCCACCUCCAGCCGCUACCACACCUACCUGCCCCCUCCCUACCCGGGCAACCAAAACCAGAACUCCCACUUCCAGACCAACUCCUCGCCAUAUCAUCUGUACUACGGCACCGGCUCCGGAUCCUACCAGUUUUCCAUGAUCCCGACCGGCGGCUCUGGAUCAGGGGGCGACCGAUCACCCACCAGAAUGCUGACGUCCUGUACAGCUGCUGGCGGAGCGGCAGGAAACACCGGAAACAACAACCUGAUCAAUGCCAACCUCGGGAACCAAAGCGAUGGAGUUGAUGCUGACGGAAGUCAUAGUAAUUCACCAACAGCCAUGAGCGCGUCCACACGCAUAGAUGAGUCUGUCUGGAGGCCGUACUAAGAUUUAGAAAAACACAAGACUGGUCAGAGUUAAGAGAAGAGGUGAAACGUCUUGCAUGAUCAUUUUUUUAGCUUUCUUCAUCAUCCUGUGAUCAAAUGACCAGAAGAGUUGCGCAUGAUGCACACAAAAAAAUGGACCUCCGAUUAAGGUGUAUAUAGAAAGAGUACAAAAUUAUGCUUUAACAAAAUAAUAAGGCAUCUCAUAGUAAUAUAUCAGCAUUUUUUUUUACUUAAAAAGCUGAACGACCAAAGAAAUGAAAGAAGAACCAAAAAAAUUAUAAUAAAGCAGGCGCUUUUUCAUGGAUUUAUUUGCAAACAUUUGCCUUAUGAUCAUUUGUGUGAGCCGAACACUUCAGCAAGGGCUUCACAGAGCUGCAGGACUGUGGGACUUUUAUUGUGUAAAUAUAGCACACAUUCAUAAUAAUGCUAAGCAGCAGUGUCGCCCACAAGUUUCAGGUACUUUCCAUAAUUUUCUGAACGACAAAUGGUGAGAUGUUGUGAACUUGUAAUAACUCUCGUUGGUGGGUCAUUGUGAGGAGGGAUUUUCAUUUUAAAAACUAUUUUGGGGUGAAUGUCACAUUCUGUCAGCAUAUCCAGAUCAUAUUUAAAGAGAUAGUUCACACAAAAUGGAAUAUUUAUUCACACUCAUGUGCUUUUACACCUUUAUGAGUUUCUUCUGUUGAACACAAAUUAAGAUGCUUUGAAGAAUGCUUAAAACCUGUAACCAUUGACUUCCAUUGGAGAAAUAAAUAUUAUGGAAGUCAAUGGUUACUGGUUUUUGGCGUUCCUGAAAUAGCUGAAACCCUGUAACCAUUGACAUCCAUAGUAGGAAAAACAAAUAUUAGGAAAGUCAAUGGUUACUGGUUUUCGGUUUUCCUAAAAUAGCCGAAAACCUGUAACCAUUAACUUCCAUAGAAGGAAUAACAAAUAUUACACUGGUUUUCCAAAAAUAGCCAAAAUCAUGUAACCAUUAACUUUUCAGCUUUCCUAAAAUAGCCUCAACCCUGUAACCAUUGACUUUCAUAGUAGGAAAAACAAAUAUUACACUGGUUUUCGGUUUUUCUAAAACAGCCAAAAUCGUGUAACCAUUAACUUUUUGGCUUUCCUAAAAUAGCCGAAAACCUGUAACCAUUGAUUUCCAUAGUAGGGAAAAAAAAACUUUCUUCGAAAUAUCUGCUUUCAGGGUCAGCCAAGAAAAAGAAACUAAUAAAGUUUUGAAGCAAGUGAAGGGUUAGUAAAUGACAGAAUUUCAGCUUUGGAUGAAUUAUCGCUUUAACCACAAAUCAAAUUAGAUUUUGACAUCAUUUUCAUCAAAAUUAAGCAAAUUUGGCUUUUAAGUUCUCAUAUUGUUAUGCAAAAAACAUUUGUUGUUAAUGUAAUAUGAAAGAAAUGAUCAAUUAAGUCAUGCACAGAAACACAGGGAUCAUUUUCUGUAUGCAAAAAAGUAUUUUAGAUGUCUUGAUGUGGAGCUGAAAUGUGAUCUGGACGGGCUUUUGUGAGAUUCACCCUUUGCAGUAAAUAUGUAGAGUGAACCUACUCUAUAAUCUAAAGGCAGGCAGCCGGUUUUUUAUUAUUUUUUAAUAUGAUUUCUUGCUUCACGCCAAAAUCACAAACAAUUAACUUGCCUUUGAACAUGUGGAGAACAUGUUUGUUUGUUUUGAAUUAGUUUUAGAGUAUUUUUUUCCUCAGUGUUGAUCGCUUUUGUUUUGACUUUGCAGUUUCUUCGAGCGAUUGUGCUUAGUUUUGUGGUUUGUGUAUUUCGUUUUAAACAUUUUAUAAUUUAUUUGAGCCAAAAUGGAUCAUUCCUACUUCCAGGUCGUUUUAAACAUUUCACAUUUGAUUUAUUUCUCUCUUUCUCUUCUAUUCUUCCUAAUAUUUCUUUUAAUAUAAAAUUGGAAGUUGUGCUACUGUAAUAUAUUCUCUCUAAAUUAUACAAAACUAAUUUUAAGGUAAUAUUAUCUGUGUGUUUUUUUCGUCCUUCUUCUCCAAAUGCAGCUUUAAUGCACUAAAAAUGUUUAUUUAAGAGGUUGUAUGUCACAUAAUGGAGACGUUCUUGCCAGAUUGAGUUCCACAUGCUAUUUAGCCACAUCGCCGAAGAGUCAUCUAAUGUGUGAAUAAGAUGUUGCUCUAAGCACCUACAUUAUGUGUCUAUUUUUUCCUACCUUGUUCUUGCCAUGACUGAAAUCGGAGAUUAUAAUUGAGCAUGUUUGAAAGGAGAUCGCCUUCGAUUAUUUGAAUAACAAAACCAUGCACAAGCUCAUACAAGGAGGGUAAAGUGGCCAUCACACACACACACAUUCACGUAACAGGUGUAAGUGAAUAUUUCAGCUCAUAACCCAGAGGUUUUUUCCCAUGCUCACACCUGCUGUCUUCACCCGAGGCCAAAAAGAGCAAAGGAAACGGGUAGAAAGAUGGAUGAAGAGAGAAGGAUCUGCUUUCUUGAUCACUGGUCAUCCUUCAGGCCUUGUUAUCUAAGCAGAAGUGCCCGUGUUCAGCUUGAUUCACUGCCGCUUUGAUGCCUUUAUGGGACUGCUGAUUUUCCUUCCCAUUGUGCCUCUCCUUGAUUAUUGCCUGGGGAUACAGGAAAAUUGUGAGCUGGGUUAGUUACAGACUCCUGCGAGGAACUCUGGGUAAUCGAAAACCUCUCGGUAAUGUGGUACCGGAAACAUUCGCUUCUACAGAAUGGCGAUCUAUGCGUCAACGUAAUUGCUGUAUUUUUACCAGUCAUUAUUAUGUCGAGAGUUUGUUGUGACUCCAAAUGAAUCAGAUCAGCCUAAAACAAGACCAAAAUUGUGUUUAUCUCCAAAGAUUUGUUUUUAGAUGUGUGUUGCAUUAAAUCCAACCCAGCGGGCUCCUUGAUGAUAAACCGACAUAAAAAACAUGUCAAAAAUGCGAAUUGAAUUGAUGUCAGUCGAUUACCCUGAUGUAAAAAAGACGUCAAACUGACAUCUAAUAUUGGCGUCAAAAAUGCAAAUUGAUUUGAUAUCAGUCGACUAUGUUGAUGUAAAGAAGACGUCAAAUUGACAUCUAAUAUUGGUGUCAAAAAUGCUAAUUGAUAUCAGUUGACUGUCUUGAUUUAAAAAAAGACGUCAAACUGACAUCUAAUAUUGGCGUCAAAAAACACGUCAAAAAUACAAAUUGAUUUGAUAUCAGUCGACUAUGUUGAUGUAAAAAAGACGUCAAAUUGACAUCUAAUAUUGGUGUCAAAAAACUCGUCAUAAAAGUUAAUUGAUUUAAUAUCAGUCAACUACCUUGAUGUAAAAAAGACAUCAAAUCGACAUCUAAUAUUGGCGUCAAAAACACGUCAAAAAUACAAAUUGAUUUGAUGUCAGUCGAUUACAUUGAUGUAAAAAAGAUGUCAAAUUGCCAUCUAACAUUGGCGCAAAAAAUGCUAAUUGAUUUGAUAUCAGUUGACUGUCUUGAUGUAAAAAAGACGUCAAAUUGUCAUCUAAUAUUAGCGUCAAAAUGUGAAUUGAUUUUAUAUGUGGACUACCUUGAUGUAAAAAAGACAUCAAAUCGACAUCUAAUAUUGGCGUCAAAAACACAAAUUGAUUUGAUGUCAGUCGACUACCUUGAUGUAAAAAAGACGUCAAAUUGACAUCUAAUAUUGGUGUCAAAAACACAACAAAAAUGUGAAUUGAUUUGAAGUCAGUCAAUUAUAUUGAUUUAAAAAAAGACGUCAAAUUGACAUCUAACAUUGGCGUCAAAAUUGCAAAUUGAUUUUAUAUGUGGACUACCUUGAUGUAAAAAAUACAUCAAAUUGACAUCUAAAAUUGACGUCAAAAAACCUGUCAUAACUGUGAAUGAUUUGAUAUCGGUCAACUACCUUGAUGUAAAAAAAAAGUGUCAAAUCGACAUCUAAUAUUGGCAUCAAAAAUUAAAAUUGAUGUCAGUCGACUACCUUGAUGUAAAAAAGACGUCAAAUUGACAUCUAAUAUUGGCAUCUAAAAAACGCAUUGAUUACAGGCCUGCUCUUUAACCGAUUUUUAAUAGAUGUCAAUUAGAUGUCAUUUUAACAUCAAGGAAGUUUACAAACAUUAUAUGGAUACAAACUCUGGAUUUUAAGCUUUCAGAUUAAAAAUGUUUAUAUAUUAUAAUACUUUUUAAGUCAUUAUGUUGGUGGUCAAAAGAGCAUCAAUGUUUUGAUGUCAAAUAGACGUCAAGGUUGUGGCGUUUUAUCGAUUUGCAUUUUUCGACGUGUUUGUCUUUUUUUUCACAGCCCGCUGGAAUGGCUGUGUUCCAAAACCUACACUCUUAAAAUAAAGGCUCUGUAUCGGUACAUUUGAUCCUAAAUUCAAUUCUUUAGAUUAUUUGAAUGUUCACUAUAAAGAAUAAAUCAUUUAGAAAUGGCCUUUCUUUAAGAGUGAAUCUUUAAUCUCAACCUGUAGGUUUCUUGUCAUGUAAAGCAUUCUAAGUACAGUCAUCUAUUGCCUGUGUAGGUAUUAAUGUAGCCCAAAUGUUGCCAGUGAAGUGAGUAUCACUGAAGGCCGCGAGUCUGUGAUGUUUAAGAUUAUAUGCAAAGAGCUAAAAAAGUAAAGCACAACACACUCCUGUAGAACAAACUGUCUUUUCCACUUGUUGUAUGUUUGUAUUUUUGGUUCUGCGAUAUGCUCUUUUGUUUCUUCGUUGUGUGCUAAUGAUGUAGUUUUUUAUUCAUUUAAUAAAAAAAGAAGAACAAGAUUU